AUGCCACCACUAUCGACGAUUCACACAACACGGAACUCACAACGACAUAUUUUUACUACAAAAGACCACCGAACUACCAAAGGACAGAGCGGCUUUCGCCCAAGAUGUAAACGUGCAAUACGUCUUGCUUCACGCAGAAUGUAUGAUGAUGCACUUACUGAAAUCAAUGCUGCUAUUAAUAAACGUCCCAGUAAAGCUAUUGGCUAUCUCAUACGUGCCGCUAUCCAUCAGGCUCUCAAUCUACCGCUAAAGUCACUUACCGAUCUUGAAAUAGUCUUAUCUUCGCAGCCGGAUAAUCCCACAGCAUAUCGUUUGCGUUCGAUAGUCUUCUGUGGUAUGGGCUUAUAUGACUAUGCCAAUCAAGAUCGAAAACGACUUAUACUCACACAGAACAAUCAAUCAGACUUUUCAAACAUUAUAACUCCGCUUUAUCGCAGAGUUAAAUUCUCAAAAAUAACCGUUCUAGAAAACAUAUUCUCGAAUUCAGUGGCAAAUCGCUUUGUAAUGAGUGAUUUUCAUCCCAAUUUGGAAACACAUGCCGCCAGUUCACGUCUAAUCUAUCAAUGUGCGAGAGCAUUGUUUAAUCUCGGGUCGUUUCACGAAUCAUUGCAAUAUCUCGAUAAAGCAUUAGUUGACAGACCGUGGAGUACCAACUUGCUCGAACUAUCUGCUCGAAUAUAUUACAAACUAGAUAGAGAUCAUGACGCACUUGCUCAAAUCAACAAAUUACUUUGCAGGCGACCGAACAGGAUAUCUGCUCUGCAACUAAGAAGCGAUACUUACUAUGCACUCCAUCGACACAGGGAAUCGCUCGUUGAUUUAAAUCGAAUUCUCGAAAUGGAACCAGAUAACAUUGAAGCUCUUUGUGACCGAGGAAAUGUAUACAGAAAAAGAGACAGAUAUGAUGACGCUCUGGCCGAUUACAACAGAGCUUUGAAAUUGGAGCCAAAAUACUUUAUUGCCUUGCAGAAGAGAGGACAGGUAUACGAAGCAUUACACAGAUACAAUGAAGCCUUGAUUGAUUUUACAGAUGCACUCGCGCUACAACCAAAGAAUACGUGGAUACUUUAUCGACGCAGCGAGAUUUACUGUCGCCAAGGAUAUCAAAGCAAAGCACUCUACGAUCUUAACAAAGUCUUGAAUCUCGAACCGGAUGACUUUUGGGCAAUUCGUGAUCGAGGAGAAGUUUAUUGCAAACUACAUCGAUACGACGACGCCCUGGCUGAUCUUAACAAGGCACUCAGUAUUCGUUCAGAGAGUUCGUCUGCAUUACGUAUACGCGGAGAUCUACGAGGACAGUUAUAUUUCCUGCAGAAACGAUACGAUGAGGCAUUGGCAGAUCUUGAGAGAGCGUUCACAUUGAAUAAGAACAGUGUAUCGACACUCUGUAUCAGGGCCAAAGUCUAUUUAGCUAUGGAACGACCUAAAUUAGCACUUCAGUAUCUUGAUAUGGCAAUGGAUAUUAGGGCGCGUGAUCCAGAAGCACUACGUACAAGGGCGGAGGUUUAUCUGAUGCUUGAUCGUUUCGACGAGGCAUUGGAUGAUUUGAACAAAUUAUUAUGGGUCGAUCAAGACAAUACUGACGCACUUUGUAAGAGAGCAACUAUCUUCAAACUCAAAGGUCGUACUGACCAAGCACUUGAUGAUCUUAAUCGGCUACUACCAAUAGAUUCAUGUUAUAUUCCCGGUCUACUUGCGCGUGGAGAAGUUAAUCUGAUAUUAGGACGAUACGAAGAGGCACUUCGUGAUUUGAAUAAUGCUAUUGUCUUUGACCCUGAUGAUGCCUAUACGUAUGGUAUUCGGGGACAAGUUCAUCAAAUGUUAAGGCAAGAUGCAAAAGCAAUGGCUGACUACGAGAAGAGUUUCAGGCUUGACUCAGAAGUUGAGUUUCCGAUUAUCAAUAAUGAAGAAAUAUAUCACACAUUGAAAAUUAUUGCACGGUAG